UCGUGUAUUGCAGAUGCAGAGAGGUCGAAAAUCGAACUGAUGUCGUGACCGAAAUAAACGUGUUUAGAGUGGAAUAUUGAUUGGGAGGAGCAGAGAGCCUUUGAAUUCCAGCAUAUAAAUCAGCUAGUUGGAAACAUGGAAAAAGUGAAAAAAGAUGAGAAAGACCGACCAGAAAAGGCUUUGCAGGGCAUUCCAUACAUGUGGAAGGGUUUCCUCAGUAACACCACACCUUUCACCCACGAUGUCUUCAAGACAAAGAACAUCAUCAAGAUCUCACUCGGGAGCAAGCAUUGUGCAUUCUUAACCGACCAGAGAUCAGUGUAUACGUAUGGGAGUGGGGAGCAUGGCCAGCUUGGUCACAAGAAAUUCACAGACAUAACGAAGCAGCCAAUGCUUGUGCAGGAACUGAAGAGCGAGAAUGUUGCAGAUGUUGUCUGUGGAAAUAACCACACUGGAGUGGUGUGCGAAGAUGGAAUUGUCUUCUGCUGGGGAGAUUCCACCAAUGGACAAUGUGGAAUUGGUGUGUCAGAAAAGAUCAACAUUCCCACCCAGGUUCAUAUAAGUGAUGCAGACUGUGAUCCAGUGAUCACGCAGCUGUCCUGCGGAGACUCCCACACCCUUGCGAUGUCUACACAAGGUGAAGUCUGGGCAUGGGGAACUGGCCCACAGCUUGGACUCUCAACCGGUUCCACUCCGGUGUUGUCCCCAAAGAAAGUCAGUGCCCUCAUGGGUCGGAAAGUACUGCACAUGGCUUGUGGUGGUACCAUGAGUCUUGUGCUGGUCCAAAGACUGAAAUUGAUGCGGUCACCAGGUAACAAGUCAAAUGAACCAGAAGAAGAAGGUUCUGGAUCUAGUCUUACCUGCCAGGAUACAGGCUACACAAUGCAUGAUGAAGGUGACACUGUUAUCAUAUCAGACAACUCAUUGUUAUGCCCCGAUUCAGGCAACACUACGUCUAGGAGCAUAUCACCUGAUAGUAUCGAUGUAGCAGCUAUUCAGGCACAACAGGCAGAAUGGGCAGCUGCAACUGAGGCAGUGGAACUGAAACGGAGAGAUAGAGGAUCAACUUCAUCACAAGGUAGUAGUGAAGGUACUUACACUUUAGAAGAUUCUAGUGGAAACUUGAAGAGAAUCAAAGAAGAAGUGAGUGAACGGAGUGGUAGCCAACCCAAUGGUGUUGCCAAGAAUGGCAUUGAUGGAGGAGAAUGUGCAGAUGAAGAUGAAGAUGAUGUCUUUACAACUUCUAGGAGCUCCAAAGAGCAGCUGGCAGAGCAGUUGAAACCUCUGAAUAUACAAGGGAGUCCAGUACAAGCUGUCACCCCUCAGCAACGACCUGGUCCUAGUACCCGUAUCCUGGCUUCGUUGCCUCAGUCUGUGGCCCUACGACUGGAGAAGAUCAUGAUGCCUCGAACGAGCCUUACAGAGACUGUCUCAAGGGCAAGUAGCGACAACUCCAUCUGUGAGACUGAGCUGAUCAUCAGGGAUAAGGAUGCUCAGGUGUUAGAAUCAAGCUGUAACUUGCCAGAUAAGAAGCUUCGGACGAUAUCUCCUGUGAUGGGUGGGCUGGAUGAUCUUGUCUAUCAGACUGAGGUGUGGAGUUUUGGCAAAGGCACCAUGGGACAGCUUGGACAGGGAGAUACACUUGACAGGCAUGCACCAAGUAUAAUCAAGCAACUGAGCAGUAAAAACAUUGUACGUAUUGUGGCUGGAGCAUCUCACUGUGUGGCUAUCUCAAGCAAUGGUCAAGUCUAUACCUGGGGAUGUAACUCUGAUGGUCAGCUUGGACACACUGGUCAACUUGUUCCAAAAAGAUUAAAGAUGCCAAACAACACACCUGUAUGGGAUGCAGCAGUAGGAGGAACACAUACCCUUCUCCUUGCAGAUGGAACCAACUGCAUGCCAGAUGUGUACUACUUAGGAAAACAACCAAGCCUUCAAGAAUUAAGGAACUCCAACAGUACUCCUACUCCCGAGAGUCCUCUACGGGAUGGAAGUGAUAAGUCUAAGAAACGGCCAAUGUCAUCAUCCAUCUCUAAGUCACCCACCGUCAAAUAUGCAGCCAGAGCAAAGCAGCCUGAGAAACUUACCUUUCUUAAGAAGAAUGGUUGGUUACAGGCCGUUGCGGCUUCGGUUGACCAGUGUGCCUGUAUAGCCGAUAAGAGCAGUAAUGGCUUUGUUGCAAUCACCCAUGAAUUUUCAGCCACAGAGAGACUUCUUUACAGUCAACUUUCUUCCAUCAAGUCAUCUAUCAUCAAGACUUUACAAAGUUCAGAGGUUCAGAAGUCUGUUGAAGGAACUAUCUACAGUGGACCUCUGAGGCUUAUCCUAGAUCUCUAUGGAUCAGUGUGUGGCCUUGUUGCACAGAACUGUCUACAUCUGACAGGUCUUGUUCAGCGCAAUAAAGACUUAUGGGAUGUAAUGAUGUUAAAGGAGAUUGGUCGCUAUAUUCAGCUCUUCCAGGAGUACGCCAACGCUGUCUGUGAUUUCAUUACAAUCACUGGAUUCAACCACCUAGGAAAAAUUGCCAAUGAUGCCUUGGCCAAACAUGAUGGUGUAUUUACUGAAAUAUUGAAUGAAGAGAAACCUACAGUAUAUGGAGCUCCUCUAAGGAUGGCUAUGAAGCUACCAUUGGAUAGAAUCAAAUCAUAUUCAUAUCUCCUAACCAAACUCAGAGAUUACUAUCCAGAGGAUUCUGGCGAGUAUAGUCUUCUUAAUGAGAGUGGUGCAUCAUGGGAAGAAUUGAAGAAGACGUUAGAGAAGAAGCAAUCUGAUGCUGAUGACACAAGGACGUUCUGGGAGUCAUGUCCUGCUAAACUAGCGGAAUCCAUCAAAUCUCCAGACAGACGUUUGAUCCGUGAUAGUCGAACCAAGCCCCUGCAGCUUGCUAAUGCUAAACGACUCUCGACCCAUUGGUUUCUCCUCUUCAAUGAUAUAUUUGUUCAUGCAUAUGAGGACACAAAAGUUGCUCUGCCUCCCAUUCAAAGAGCACCUGAGCCACAAAAGUUUUCCAACCAUCAGAUAUUUAGUUUGGCCCUGGUAUGGGCAGAACCUAUUCCUGAUACAGACCAAGUCAUUAAUGCCAUACAGCUGCAUAUGCCUGAGGAGACAUUAGUAUUACAAGCGCCCUCUCCUGUUGAGAAAGCCGAAUGGUUGUGGUCUAUCAAUCAAGCCAUUGAUGCUAUUCUUACAGCCAGUCAGAAGAGUCCUAGCCCUGAUAUCACACACAAAGAUGGAGCCUUUCAGAAAGUACCACCGAAGCGAACAAGACAAGGCCGACAUGCGUUCAGCUCAGCAGGAAUACACAAAGAUGCUGUUUAUGAAGGCACUUGGCUGAAUGGAAAAUGCAAUGGAAAGGGAACACUACGAUGGCCAGAUGGAAGGAAGUACACUGGUAGCUUUGUACAGGGUGUGCAACAUGGUCAUGGAGUACUUACAGUGCCUGGACCUGAUCCUACCAGACAAGAAAUCUUUGAAGGGCAGUGGCUUGAAGGAAAGAUGCAUGGAGUAGGCAUUCUAAGGUAUCAAAAUGGAGAUGUGUAUGAAGGUGAAUUCCAAGAUGGUGUCAAGCAUGGUCAUGGAACUCUUCAAAUUGGCAAUGCAGCCGUUCAUGACAUCUACAUAGGUAACUGGCGUCACGGAAAACGGCACGGCUAUGGGGUGAUUGAUGACAAUUCAAGAGGGGAAAAAUACAUGGGACUCUGGCAGGAUGAUCAUCGUCAUGGUAACGGACUGGUCAUAACGCUAAGUGGAUUGUACUAUGAGGCAGUAUUUGCUCAUAACAAAGUCAAUGGUUCUGGUGUACUGGUCACUGAAGAUGGUACAUGUUAUGAAGGUGAGCUUGCUACAGGACCAACACUCAAUGGAAAGGGUAUCUUAACUCUUCCAAAUGGAGAUGUAUUGGAAGGUACAUUCAAUGGUAUCUGGGGAGAUGGAGUGAAAAUAAACGGUACCUUCAGCAAAGGCAUGCUGGAUCAGCAAGUUAAAAGACCAUGUGCUAUAGGGAAACAUACUGUACCCCCUGAUCAGAAAUGGGAAGAUAUCUUUGGUCAGUGCAGGACACAGCUCGGGUUUGUAGACUCUACCCCUCCUGACUCUCAUAAGGCUUGGGAAGCAGUCGCUGUAGCACUCUCCAGUGGACAUAGACAGCAAGAUACUAAGGAAUGUUUGGACAGGAGGAUAUCACUAGAUGGUCUGGAGAGGAUACCAACCCAUAACAGAGGAAAGAUUACACAAGAUGAUUAUACAUCCAUUCAAGACUACCUAGACAAGGCCUUUGACCAUCCACUGCAUCCAUUGGGUAGAUUAGUUGAUAAUCUAGUCAAUGUCUACCGUGCAACCUAUAUAGGUGUAGGUGCUCAUCAUUGGUUACUCCCUUACGCUGUCACUGAGAUUCAUUCCUAUGUCAAGAGACUCUACAAUCUCUUAAGAGUUUUGUUUCCUGACUUACCAAGCGAAGAGCCAAGAGUGAAGACCCCUGUGAUGGAACAGACGCCUUCCUUUCAUUAUUAUUAUGACUAUGGGGAUACACAAUCAACACAAUCACAGAAUACAUACCAUAGUAAUGCCAAGGAGAAAGACAAGGAUGACAUAUCACACCAGAUAACAAGCGAGGGCCUCCUUCAUCCAACCCUGUUACCACGUCUCUACCCUGUUAUCUUCACUCUGUAUGCUCUUCGUAAUGAGAAGGAAGAUGAGAACUACCGAUACAGACUGACUAGACUGAACAAACAAUCUGAUCUUGGUCUUAUGGCUUAUCUUGGUGUAGAUCAAAAAUUCUGGAAUGUAGACGAGACCACACUUGCUAACCCUGGAAAGCUGAAAGAGACAAAGGAUGCAUCCUUCUUGGAAGCCAUUGAGAGUCUCCAGAACAUCAGUACAACCUUCUGUCCUAUUGAUAAGCUUCACGUUAUAGAAGCAUCAUUUGAAGGAAUCAAUAAUGUUGUCAACUCACAACAUUCUGAAGGACACGUAUGGUCUAUGGAUGAUCUAUUCCCUGUGUUCCAGUAUGUCGUCGUCAGAGCAAGGAUCCCUCAUCUAGGUUCUGAGAUCCAGUUUAUUGAUGAUAUGAUGGACCCUAACCUGACCCAUGGUAAGCUAGGUAUCAUGUUUACUACACUCAAGGCUUGUUAUAUGCAUACUAAGAAUGACAACCUCAAGGCAUUAUAGAUUGGUAUCCAACCUCUCUCAACAUCAGCCAUUAUUAGCUUUUUUUCAGGUGGACAUAAUCAUUGAGGAUUCCUAAACAUUGAGGAUUGCACUAACCGCUAAAUUAUGAUGAUCAUUCAAAGGACACAUGACCCCCGGAGCAAUUCAUGCACGCCCAUUUGUAAAGUAAGUCAUGAUAAAGAUGUUGCUAUGAUUAUUGAUUCAGCAUGACUCUAAUAUAUGAAUGGCAAUUACUAAUACUGGUGAAUCUUAAGGUCUACUUUUGACUAACCUUAAAGAUAGCUGUUAAACUAUGAAGUCUGUCCACCUGGCCCUAAGAUAACUUGAAAUGUUCCAAAUAAUCUUUAGAGUUAGAUUGUGAAACUAGAUAUGGCAUACAUUCACAAAUGUCCAUUUCUAGAUGUUCAUUCAUGGUUUGCUGCCAUUGUCUGUAAAGUUAGUCAGAUUAAGCCAACCUAUAUAUUAGCAGACACUCAUAGAUACUCCUUUAUCGGACAGCUGCCAUUCUUACAGUUCUGCUCUUGUCAAGUCCUAAAGGUAUUGGUAAUUGAAAUGAAUGCCUCUUUAGGAAUCCAAUAAGAGGUAAAGGAAGAAAAAAGGAGAUUAUAGGAUUGGAUUUAUUGAGUGAUAAAUGGAUCAAAUUUUUGGGGAAGAAUGUCAGAAUAACUAGUGAGAACUUGGGUGUGUGUGUGUGCUUGUGUGGGGGAGAGAAAGUGAAGGUGGGGGGGGGGAAUAUAAAGUUGAAUGAAAGAAUAUAUGAUUGAGCCAAAGAGUAGUUGAAAUGAAAGGAACAAUAUUAGUAUCAAAGAUAUGUAUAAAUCCUUUUUCUUUGUAUGACAUGUCAUGGAUAUUGGACUUAGAAAUAUUUACAUGACUACAGUAUGUAGAUCCUAAAUGAAUCAUUGCAUUUUAAACUUAUAUUAGUACUGAGAACAAUUCUGAUAAGAUACUAUAUCAAUCAUAUAAGGGCUAUCGCAUUGUUGUCUCUGUGUCAAAAUUUGAUGGUUUGAAGGGAAAGUGCUCUGACGAAAUUCAAACGAAACUUUGUGGCUAAAUGUGACUUGAGACCUUUACGAUAACUAAUGUGAGUAACAAGCAUGUGUAUGUUAUUGCUAUGGUUAAUCAGUCUGCUUCUCUAUGAUAAUAGGUCCAUUUAUAUAUCACAGCUCUUCAUACUCUAUAGAGUUUAUGUAACAAAUUGAUGAUGAAGUGCAUCAUAGAUGAAGGAUCAUAAGAUAGAUGGUUUUAUGUCUUGGAGUUUGAUAAGAUCAAUUACAGCACUCUGUAUUAAAAGGCCACAGCACACCUUAACAAGUGUUCACGAUCCGAUUUUGGAACAAAUCGCAUUUUGCUCAUUUUCUGAAAAUGUGAAUGGAACAUAUCAGUUUAUUUGAGGU